UUUUUUUUCUCCUUGCAUCUCCAUUUGACGUGUCUGGUUUAUUACUGCAAGAGUGCAUUCACAUUGCAUAGUACUUUAGUACAGGAUGGUCAUCAUUCCUUCGAGCUACCCUGCACAGGGCAUUUUUUACAUGUUAGGACAUCCCUCCCUUUUCAAAAACUUGAUAUGUCCUAUUCUAUUAACGAUCAUUUGGGGACUUGCUAUGCUUAUUUUUGGGUUUGCAUACUUGCUCAAGUUGCAGGCUCAUGCCCUUAUUAAUGUAAAGUGUCCUGCCGCUGUCGCCUGGAUCGUAUGUAUUAUUUUUGUACUGCUUGAAGUAGGAGUUUUGUCUAUCCUGUUCUAUCUCAUUAUCUUGCCGAUUUAUCAGGAUGGUCUUUUUGACCGUGUUCUCAAAUUAAGAGGCUUGAAGCACGUCCUGAAGGCAAACGAAGGCAAUGACUUGGUCAAGUGUAUGCGCGGUGUUUCGGGUGGCCUUUGGAUCUUAUUCUUUCAGAUCCUCGUAUUGAUUUUAACGCUACCACUCAACAUUGUGCCUAUUCUUGGUCAAAUGGCAUUUGCAAUCAUCAAUGGAUGGGUCCUGACUUUUGGUCUACGAUUUCAUUAUGAUGCAGAAAUCCGCAAUAUUUCAGUCUUACAAUCGAGACGAGAAGCAUGGCAGCGGCGAAGUGAUUAUACAUCGUUUGGUGCAGUUGCAGUAGGCUUAGAAAUGAUUCCUAUUGCCAAUAUCUUUUUCGUCUGGACAAAUAUUGUGGGCUGUGCACUCUGGGUUGCAGAUGAGAUUGAGAAGAGCGAGGCGCAGUUGCAGUUGGAGCAGUCGUCGCAGACCCUUAUGGGAACCCAUCAGAACAUUCCUCUAAAGGUGAAUACUCUUAAUUACAGCCCAGGAAGCCGUGUCACGGGUGUGAACUCAGGAUUACCAUCCUAUACGCCUCAGAUGCAACCACAGUAUCAACCGUCGGACCCAUAUGCACAUCAAGGAUCGCCACGUGUACCUCCCAAGAACAAGAAGCAUCCAGAAGUUUAGAAAAAAGAUUAC